GGAGGAAAAUUCUGAUAUAACGCUUCUGUUUACGUAAGGUAAGCGGAAUUUACUGGCCACCCGACCACUUACCGAAACCGCUCGGACUUACGAACGUUAAAGAACCGAUAAUCCCCGUAAUCCCGCGGUCGAUAUUCCCGGUAAUUUACGUCGGUCCCGCCUCGGACCGACCUAAACCUAUUUAAUCGUAAGGUCUGGUUUCGAUUUGUUCAGUGGCGCCGCGGAUCGCCGUCCGUCCUAGCCGCAAAGCUCAAAAUAUUAAAUGGCUCAUUAGUCGCGCUACGUUCGUUUCUUGGUCGAUAUCGAAACCUUACACGUUAAAGCGGUUAAAUUUCUCCUCUUUCUUAAUUAAACUUUACACAAUCGAAUAAAUCUGCCGCCUUUUAGUUGCAAAUUUCGAAUAAAUUAAACCAGAUUCGUUCGGUGGAACUCUCCAACUCUUUUCCGUUCGAUUUUAAACUCGGUAUUUAAUCGGUGGAAGAUCGACGUUUUAGGACGGAAAUUUCGACUUUGCGUUGGCUGGAUUAUUUAACCGCGGCCUUUUACCUAGGAAUUUCCCCUUUCGCCUAUUCCGUAUUUACAAGGAAGCCGGUUCCCAUGGAUAAUUUGGAACGGCCAGACGACGGAUCGACACCGGAAGAAAAACCCGUCCCGGAUAAAUGGCGGAAAGAAUCGGAAGAGUCGUACGAAAUGACGAACGAGAAGAAAACGCAUUUCCGGACGGAAGACUUAGAAGUAGGAGAAAAUGCGUGCGAAGAGGAGGACGAACGUCGGGAAAAGACUUUUCCAAAUUACCGGACGACCGAGAAAAGGAUUAGUCGGUUUCUCGACCGGAUGAAAAUGCCCAACAUAUCGAAAGACGAAAGUCGGACCGAUUCCGGAAGAAAAUCCAGCGUGACGACUCGAGAUAAAUGGGGAAGCAAAUGGGAAUUCUUCUUGUCCUGUUUAGGACUUUCCGUGGGACUGGGCAACGUCUGGAGAUUCCCUUAUCUGGCUUACGAAAACGGAGGAGGCGCCUUCUUAAUACCUUAUUUCGUCGUGCUGUUUCUCUGCGGCAAACCUCUGUACUUUUUGGAACUGGCCUUGGGUCAAUUCUCGGGAAAGAGCUGCGUCGGCGUUUGGUCUUGCGCUCCCCUGGCCAAAGGCGUAGGAAUCGCCAUGUGUUCGGUGUCUUUCUGCAUCGUCAUAUACUACAACGUCGUACUGACCUACACUCUCUACUACAUGUUCGCUUCGUUGGCUUACGUCUAUCCCUGGAACACCUGCGACUUGGAAUGGGCCGAGAACACGUCUUGUAGAACGAGAUGGGAAUCCAUUCGAUACAACGUCAGCGGGAAAACGCCCAGCGAAAUCUAUUGGGAAAAGAAAGUGUUAGACGCCACCGACGAUCCGUCCAAUUUGGGAGGAAUCAAGUGGGAUUUGUUCUUUACUUUGAUGCUGGCUUGGAUGAUCGUCGCCGUCUGCCUGGUCAACGGAAUCAAAACUUCCGGAAAGGUGGUCUACUUCGCCGCCACCUUUCCUUACGCGGUCUUGGUCCUUUUCUUCGUGGCGGGACUGUUUCGACCGGGAGCCAAAGACGGAAUCGUCUACUUCCUCUACCCCACUUGGUCCAAAUUACUAAACGCGGAGGUGUGGAAAGCGGCGGCGGGACAGAUGUUCUUCUCUCUGGGCGUGUCCAUGGGAGCGUUGAUCUCCUACGGCAGCUAUAACGAAUUUCGCCACAACGUGUACAAGGACGUGAUGAUAAUAAGUCUGUCGGACACCUUGACCAGCAUUUUGUCGGGCUUCGUGGUCUUUUCCACUCUGGGUAAUUUGGCCCGGGACCUGGACGUGGAAGUAUCCGAAGUGGUGGCCGGAGGAUUCGGACUGGCUUUCGUAGUUUAUCCGGAAGCGCUGAACUCCUUUCCUCUGCCGCAAUUUUGGUCCUUCCUCUUCUUCUUCAUGUUGUUUACCUUGGGAGUCGACAGCCAGUUCGGUUUGGUAGAAAAUCUUCUGACCAGCAUCUCGGACGAAUUCCCCAAACUCGGACGCCGGAAGAAAGCGCUGUGCCUGGCCCUCUGUCUCCUUUGUUUUCUCCUGGGCAUCCCUUGCGUCACUCGGGGAGGACAAUACGUCGUAAGCGUUAUGGACGAAUACGGAGGAGGAAGCGCCUUGGUUCUGGUGGCCGUGUUCGAAUGCGCGGGAUUCUGUUGGGUUUACGGUAAGAAGAGUCUUCCCUUUUCUUCUUUUCCGUUACCUACGGCAUUUUUCGUCCCCAGGAGUGGAGAACGUCGGCGCCGACGUCCGAGCCAUGUUGGGCUUCGAACCCGGUGGCUACUGGAAGACGACUUGGCGCUACACCUGCCCCCUGGUUCUCUCGGUGAGUAUCGACGGUUGCCAAAUCUUUGGCCGGGAGAGGACGGCGUUAAUCGCUGGUUCGACGGUUUUCAGUUGGUCUUCGUCUACGGGAUGGCCACUCGGACGCCGCUAAGCGCCGAUCCCCGUUAUCCGGUUUGGGCCGACGCGGCGGGUUGGUGCGUUUCGACUCUGGUCUGGCUGCCGAUUCCCUUGUGGGCGGCGGUGGUCGUCUACAGACAAAAGGCCUCCACCUACCUCCGGAAACUGAAAAUGUCUUUAAUACCCACCGGAGACUGGGGUCCUAACCAUCCCCGGGCGGAAAAUUCCCUUCCCGGUUGCGCGACUAUCGAAAAUGGAAAUUCCGCGUAAUUCGGCCUUUCCGUCGUCCGAAGAAUUGUGGUUAAAUUGGUCGAAAGCAUUGGGUUCGGCCGGUUAGAUUUUUAAGUUUUGAAAUUUGGCCAGGAAUAAUACAACAAAAGCCGAAACGGAGGAGGAGAAAUUGGGCUUUGAUCACUUUACGCAAUUGUUUCUCGGAGGAUAUUAGGCGCGAUUUAUUGGAACCGACAUAUUUAAAAAGUUAAUUUUCGACUUGGGAUAUAAGAAAAAUAUGGAAUUA